AGUCUUUAUGGGGGCAUCCCCUUGUGUGAGUCACAUUCUAAAUAUAGGUCAGCCGGUGGCUAUGUCAUCACCGGGUGUCAUCAUUCAGAAUUGCCGUGUAUUUUUCCUGUUAGUUACCGGUACUGCUAGUUUGUAAAGACAUUUUCCUAUACUUGCGUUCUUCAUGUCCUUCAACAUUUCUCUGAAAUUCUGUAUUUGGCCUUUGAUUCUUUGCUUCUCUCGAGACUCGACUGCAAGUCUCACUUUUAUUUUGAUUUUACGGGAAUUUGCCCGGGAAUUUGUACUGUAGAUCAGACAGGAGAGGUCGUUUUUCAAGAUGGCUGCCUCCAUGUUUAGACAGAGCCUCAAACUCUCGCGGAUAAUUCGCUCCAAUACGCCCCUUUUAUGGCGAUACUCUCCCACCUUGAAACCUCAGAACACUCAGCUGGUGAUAUCAAGAACUAUAACUGAAAAACAAAUGAUUGAAAAUCGGAAAAUUUUCUUCAAAAGGAUUGCACAGUUUGUUGGAUUGGGUGUGUUUUUGUACAUGAUUUCACCAUGGGCAAGGCAACUGAAAGGAGCAAAAUUUGAAUCAAGGCGGGACAAGAAAAGACGUCACCUAGCUGAACAACGUGAACUUAAAAACCGGGAUAUAUCUACAGAAGAACUUUCAUUAGAAUAUCAAGAAUCACCCUCUCGGUCAAGAGGAAUUUUGCCUGUUGUCAAAGCGGCAGACGUGACAGAUUUUGGAACAGGUUAUGUAAAGCCAAGAUCUCAACAGUUCAAUUUCAUCGCAGACGCUGUCGCUAAAGCUUCCCCAUCAGUUGUAUUUAUUGAGAUUCACGGAAGGCAUCCAUUCCAGCGAGGUGUAGUUGGGCCAGUCUCUAAUGGAUCGGGGUUCAUUGUCAGUCCCGAUGGUCUUAUCUUGACCAAUGCCCAUGUGGUAGCCAAUAAGAGACUAGGCAAGCAAUCUGUAAAGGUCAAGCUCUAUGAUGGUCGGCUAGUAGACGGCGAGGUCAUCGCUGUUGACCCUGUGUCUGACCUUGCUCUGCUGAAAAUAGAUACAAAGGAUCAGCUUCCGGUGAUGCGGAUGGGAAACUCAUCCGCUGCUCGACCAGGGGAUUGGGUCAUCGCCAUGGGGAGUCCUCUGUCACUUAGCAACACGAUAACGGCUGGUAUCAUCAGUACCGUUAGCCGGACAAGCAAGGAGCUAGGUUUGAACAAAGGCAUUGACUACAUCCAGACUGAUGCUGCCAUAACUUUUGGAAAUUCUGGAGGACCUCUGGUGAACCUCGAUGGUGAAGCCAUUGGUAUCAACACCAUGAAAGUCACUUCUGGAAUUUCCUUUGCCAUCCCAAUAGACCAUGCCAGGGACUUUGUAGACAAGGUGCAGAAGCAGAUAAAAGCAUCUGGCGGUGGCUGGUUCAGCAAAGCAAAGCCACAAACUCCUGUGGUGACUACACCGUCCAAAGGAAAGCAAGGGUACAUUGGCAUCACAAUGCUCUCCCUGACCCCAAGCCUCAUCUUUGACCUCCGACAGAGGGCGCCAGACUUUCCCAAUGUCAGCCAUGGUGUGCUUAUCUACAUGAUUACCAUGGGGUCUCCAGCGCAAGUUGCUGGAUUAAAAGCAGGUGACAUCAUCACCCACAUCAACAACCAGCCAGUCAAGUCUUCUCAGGAACUCUAUGAUAAGGUCAAGGCCAAGGAAGGUCUUAAUGUGACUGCGGUCAGGGGCAGAGAGACCAUGAAACUGACCAUCACGCCUGAAGAAUCCCAGUGAUAGAAUAUGUUUGAUGCUCAAGGUCAUUUAAAUCCAGAAACUCAUAUUUGAUGCAUUGCACUGCACGUUUGCAGCGUGUUGUUUAACAGACACUUUAACAAACAAUUGAGAAAACACAGUUCUUGAUACCAUAAAACAGUUUGGACAGUCUGUACAAUAAGGUAUAUUAACAUGUCAUUGUGAAAAUGGCAGACAAGACUUGAUGGAAUGCAUUUUAAUUCCAAAGACAUAAAACAACCAGGCAAGUGCUACAGGUAUCUUGGCAUCAGCUCAUAUGUUUGUUUCAAGUCGGCAAUCUUUUUUUUUCUUACUUUUUCAGUGAUGCACUUUUAGGGGGGGGGGGAGGUAAAUUAUGAUCUGAGCUAUGUAUAAACUAAAUUUUUGCUUUUGUUUCAUUUCUUGAAUUAUGAAAACCCAGUAUUGUACUAAUUGUCACUUAUGUGUAUGGCUGUUACUGCAUGUCUUGACAAGCUGGGGCAUUUCACAAGGAGCAAAGUGUACUGGUGUGUGUAAGGGCUGGACACGAAGAAGCAGACAUUCUGCUAGACUACUGUCUCAUUGAUUCUAAUGAUUUUGAGGAUUUCUUUAUCGCUUUUUAUAGUGUAUCAACUUCGAUUACUAAUCAUCUGAACUGAGAUGAUGUUAAAUCAAAAUUGUAUAUAUAUUGGACAGGGGUAGGAUGUAACUGUUAUACAUCAGGAAAUUGCUUUUGAAAGUAUUGCAAGUUACACAGGCUAUGCAGUAAUAACGUCAAAUACCAACAAGAUCAUUUGUGUAACAAAUGAAAUUUGUAUAGGAAUAAGAAUGUAUGCUUGUGCUAGUUCAUGUAUAAAGUCACUAGACUAAAACUUCAGCAGUUAUUUCUGCAUUGUAGAUUCUGUUCACACGUGCAAUUGUUUGGGGUCUGGCGUAAUAAGCCAGUUCGUAGUUCCUUUCUGCGCAUGAUCAAAAGAUUCUACGCAAGAUCAGAGGAAGGUCAUUUGUACUAAAGUGACAUGGUGGUUUAAAAUCUAAUGAGAUAAGCACCAACUUUGAUGUCUUGAUUAUUCAUAUAUUCUUUUGAAUUGUGGUUUUCAUUUACAUCCACAAAAAACAACAACGCGUCCACGAACGACUGGUUUUCAGUUUGCCAAGUACAUUGUGCAACAUGCUAUGAUAUGCAUUCAAAGUAGCAAUGCAACAAAUACCUUCAUAAAGUGUUCAUUGGUGUGCUAUUCUAGUCACCUGGUCUAUUAAAUUUCUUCAUCCUGCUAUGUAAGGCAAGCUUACGUAAUAUUUUGCUUUGAAAUCUGCCGAUCAUAAUGAAAGAAAUGAAAGGUCAUUUGACCGAAAAUUGUCCAUGAGUAACUACGAACUGGUCUAUUGUGCGAUCCUUGGAAAAGGUUUUACUGCUACUUUUAUCAGUGUAUUUUUAUGUGAUUAAAUAGUGUGUCACAUACACCUUUGUUAUAAAUCUGCAGUACUUCAAUAAGUAAAAAUUUAAAUGGUGUGUUGAGGAGAAGAGCAAGUAGGACAAGAUCCAAUAUCUUGCUUAUUUUAACCUUUGACACCAAAGAAAGCUCCGGCAGGUGAUUCAUAUAUAGCUGACUUUACAAAUGACUCCUUUGUUUUGGUAAAUGAUAUAACACCAUUUUUUCAUAGGUGUUGAUGUGAUUCCCAAGACCCAGUCAUUCAUAACUUAUGAACAGCAUUAUGAAACAUUCAGCUGAAUGGUGCCUCUUAUAUCUGAUUAAACUUCCAUUUUUUGUACUUGUGCCAUUUUUGUGCUUAGUGGCAUCAUGCUCAAAGCAUGUGUCGUCUUAGAUAUUCCUGUAUUAAAAUACUCCUGCUCUAUUCAUUUUCCAACCUGUGUCUAAUCGUAUAUUUGCCAAGGUAAUUGGCAAGUAUGGAAUUAUUAAAGUUAAUAGAAUUUAAAGCCUACCUUCUCCAAGUAAUAUAAUUGCCGAAGUGGAGGCAGUUUUUCAGAUCAGAUCAUGCUUUGAUUGGCCGUUUAACCUUUAUGUAAAAAUUUAGAUGUAGAUCUCUAUUUAGGCAAGAGAAGGUUACCACCUAUGUCAUGGCUCUAAAAUCACACUUUUUUCUGAGCCGUCUUUCUUUUUAUUUUGAGAUGAGAUUUGAACAGCCCACCGAUGACAUGAUAUUAACCACUUCUCUUUGGAAUCUGGUUUCUUUGGUCCCAACAGAUUCAACCUCGGGGAAACUGUUCAUCAUACUAUUUUCCUUUAGUAUUAAUGCCACUCUUGUAACCAGUUCCCUUUGAAAAUCUAUUUUGAGUAAGUUUUUCAAAGAGCCAUAUUUAUUUAAAGCAAAACUUAUCCCAUAUUUUCAAGAUAGUCCGUGCUUAGAAUUUGUUACCCACUCCCCCAAAAAUAACAUAUUAAAAGUAUUAAAAUCAAGGACUUGCCAUACCCCCAAACAAAAUUUCCACCCCUAUACUCUACAUUAUAUUCUUUUUGAAACUAUUGUCAAAUGUUAACUGCAAAUGUACAAUUUCUUGUGUGAGUUUGAAUAUUUUAAUUUUUUUUUACAAGACAUUUCAUUAUCUGCUUGACACAGAAUAAAAUCUCUGUAUUAACACAA